CGCAUUCAAUAAUCAAUAUCAAUACAACAGCCCACAAAAACUCCAUUUCGUAACCUGCAUUGCAACUUCCAUUUCCCCUUUGCUCUCCUCCCACUCCCACCGCAAGAAAAUGGCGACUAAUUUCUGGACAUCCACGCACUACAAAGAGUUAUUGGACCAAGAAGAAGUGGAUGUGGUCCAUAACGUUGAUAAGGAGAGGGGAAUUACUCUCGACGAUUUCAAGCUCAUCAAAUUGCAUAUGACCAAUUACAUUGCGAGAUUGGCUCAAAAUGUGAAAGUGAGGCAAAGGGUCAUAGCGACUGCUGUAACAUAUAUGAGACGUGUUUAUAUAAGGAGAAGUAUGUCUGAAUUUGAUCCACGACUCGUGGCUCCAUCGUGCUUGUACUUGGCGUCAAAGUCCGAAGAAAGCACUGUGCAAGCAAGACUUCUCGUGUUCUACAUAAAGAAACUCCAUGCAGAUGAAAAGUACCGGUGUGAAAUCAAGGAGAUACUUGAGAUGGAAAUGAAAAUUUUGGAAGCAUUAAACUAUUAUCUUGUCGUGUUCCAUCCUUAUCGUGCAUUGUCUCAGUUGGUUCAGGAUGCUGGGAUGAGCGAAGCAACUCAGCUGACCUGGGGACUUGUGAAUGAUACCUAUAAGACGGAUCUAAUUCUCGUACACCCACCAUAUCUGAUUGGAUUAGCCUGCAUAUAUGUAGCUAGCGUGCUCAAAGAGAAAGAAAACACGGCUUGGUUCGAAGAUCUACGAGUCGACAUGAACGUGGUGAAGAACAUAGCAAUGGAAAUACUAGAUUUCUAUGAUACCCACAAAACUAUAUCUGAUGAGAGAGUGACUGCUGCCAUGCACAAGCUCCCCAUAAGAACAUAGAAGACUGCUUUUCAUAGGUCACCUGCAAAUUUUUAUAUGUAACCUCCUCCAUUAAAAUGACUAUAAUGCCCACUUUAGAUGAGUACUUGAAGUAGGGUGGUUUCAUUUUCAAAAAGAUUGUUGUUAUGGAUAUUGAUUUAAAUACAAAAAACAAACACCCAAUUUCGCACAAAAGAUCGAAGGGAGGGGUGUGUUAGAUUCAAAA